CAGUAAAUCGCGUUUAGCAGAAUCCGCCGAAUAUAUUUAAACAAAAAAUAACAAAUAUCGAGGAAUACAUGUAGAAUUUGAACAGUUGACAGCUAAAUAGUAAAUUCUUUAGCAACUAUUUAUCCGUACCGUUUAGAUUAAAUUUCAAAAUGACCAGCCAGGAGCGACAGAUUUUACGGAAAAUGGAGUUUCCUGAUAUGGCUCGGGAAGCACUUCCUAUAAUAGAAAAUCUCAUUAUUAAUCGAAAUAAACACGACACCGCGAUGGACCUUAUAGCGGAGUUUGUGUUUCACGAGCGAAAAGAAGAUCUUCGCAACCCACAACAAUAUCAAAAACAACCUGUAGUUCCCAAAUUAUCUUCGAUUGAGGAAUUUCAAUUAGUGUUGGUUUUAUGCAACUUUUUCUCUCGGCCUGGUCCGGAUGCUACCCGAAACGCUAUAUUCUUUUCAUUAUUUGGAGGUUCUAUCGGAAGAACCAGUGUUCUAAAUAAACUGAUAAGCACAGCAGUCUCUGGAUCGAUUGCACCACUCCUGUGUGCUGCGGGUACCUGGAUGCAACAACUCGGAUGUACUUCACCAUUAAGUUUGGAAUUAGCCCAAUGCAUUGUGAAAGACUUUAUCGUUUUCUCUAGUAAAUCUUCGGAACAACUGAAAUCAUUGCCAAUGGUAGCGCCUCGUUUCGCGGCAAAUUUUAUGACAGCAGUGACCGAUCUUUAUCUGAACGGAGGAAAGGGUCAACUGUUGGCACCACCGGAUCUUCUCUUGGAUGUUAUCACCGAAUGGGUAUCGGAGAAUCCUGCUUUGUGUCUUGCUUCUCAGCAACCAAUGGCACUACCACCGGGAGCAAUCGCCAUGCCCGUGGUGACACCACUAUCUGGAUUGAUUCGUUGGUGUGUUCUUUCGCUUCUAAUCACCAAUAAACAGGAUUUGUAUAGUAAACUUCAUCUAGCCGUACUACAAAGCUUGCUGGAAGCUACUCCACCUGCUACGGCACCACCAAGUGCACUCAAUGCGCAACAUUUAGGUUUAAUCGUUAAUUCACUGCAGAUUGAAAUGGACUCGAUGCUUAAAAGAGGAAAAACUCUUAACGAAGAAUACAUCCACAGCUGCCUUGAACGAUUUGCUCAAGCCGUACAGGUAGGACUAACCUCCAGAUGUAUAUUUGGAAACAUUCCACAGUUAGUGUGUCGACUAGAAACACUUCCUAGCAAAAAUAAAUUGCUUCAGAUUGUAAUAAAUGCAAAUACAACAGCUUAGGAAUAUUUUUAAAUC